AAAAACAACUUUAUCCAUGAGUAUUCGAUAUCACCAACUACUUUUUCUUAUCAAUUGCCAAAUAAAAACUCAAAUCUUGAUGAUAUAACAAUAGCACCAAAUCCCUUAUCGUAUUUAUUCGAUAACACUGGAACUGAAACAUCUUAUUCCAACCAGUUGUUUAUCAAUAAAUUGAAUUUGGACGUGAAAAAUAGAAAGAUAACAUCUGUCAGACCUAGAAAUCUAAAAUUAACCUCCAAAAGUUUCAUUGAUGAUAGUUUGUAUAAUCCAAAUUACGGUUAUUUCAAUAAUAAUGAUGUUGAAAUUUUUCAUUUAGACAAGCCCUUUGAUUAUGCAGAAUUGAAAGACAUUGAUGAGUUUUUGGAUACUUGGGAAAAAAAAUACGACAAAUACUCCUCAACAAAUAGAAACAAUCUACAACUAUGGCAUACACCAACUGAGUUGUUUCAACCGUAUUAUGGCGAAGCCAUUGCCAGAUAUUUAUUAGUCAACUACAAAUUAUCCUAUUAUCCUUAUCACGAUUUGAUAAUCUAUGAAAUGGGAGGUGGUAAUGGUACUUUAAUGUUGAACAUUCUUGAUUAUAUCAAAAGAGUCGACCCUGAAGUAUACGAAAGAACUCAAUACAAAAUUAUUGAAAUUUCUUCAAAGUUGGCAAAUAAACAAAGAAGCCAGUUCGUUGAGCAAUUGUUAAAGUUAAAAAGUUUCAAUGAACACAACUCGAAAAUUCAAAUCAUAAACAAGUCGAUAUUUGAUUGGGAUAAAAGAGUAGGAGACCCAUGUUACUUUCUUGCUUUAGAGGUGUUUGAUAAUUUUGCUCAUGAUAUUAUUCGGUACAACAAUCUAACUGGACAGCCGUAUCAAGGGUAUGUUGUAACUGAUGAAAAUGGUGAUUUCCAUGAAUAUUUCAAUCCAGAACUCGAUUACUAUUGCGAUUUGUUUUUAAGAUUAAGAGAAAAUGGAGAAUAUCCUCAAAUAAAUAAGAAAAAAAGAAGUUUCAAAAAUUCUCUAAGACCUGCACACCCUUUAGAUGAGUUCAAAUUCAAAAAGUUAUUCAUGAACCAAGUUUUUCCUUUUAGGAACCAAUUGAGUUAUUGCUCUGAAUUCAUACCUACAAGAUUGUUGGAAUUUUUUUUCAUAUUGAAAAACUUUUUUCCCAACCACUCAUUAUUGUCCUCGGAUUUCAAUUAUUUGCCAAACUCUAUCCCCAGUUCUUACAAUGGCCCGGUGAAAAGAAGUUAUCAUGAUCAAGUCAUCACUGCAAACACUUAUAUGGUAAACCAGGGGUAUUUUGAUAUUAUGUUUCCAACCGACUUUCCAUUGAUAAGUGAUUUGUACAGACAAAUCAACGGAAAAGUUGGAAAGAUUGAAUCUCACGAAGAAUUUUUGACUAGGUGGAGUGAUUUAGAGAGAACCACCACCAAAACAGGUGAAAAUCCAAUGACUGAGUUCUAUAAAAACGUUUCGUUCUUC